AUGUCGCCACCAACACAGACUCCCCAAGCAACACCAGAGCUAAACGUGAUUGCCUUGAUAUCAGGCGGCAAAGACUCGCUCUACUCCAUCCUACACUGCAUCAGGAACGGACACAAGGUCGUCGCUCUAGCGAAUCUGUACCCAUCUACAUCCAGACAGGCGCCCAGUACCGCCGCCAAAGGUAAUCAUGAACAUCCCAAGGAGGAGAAAGAAGACGAAGGAGGAGAAGAAGAAGAAGACAUCGACAGCUUCAUGUACCAAACCAUCGGACACAGCGUGAUCCCGCUCUACGAAGCCGCCCUGGGCAUCCCGCUCUACCGGGCCCCAUCAUCGGCGACGCGGUCGAUACAUCCCUCUUCGACCGAGGAAAACAAGCAGCACCUGCAGGACGAGACGGAGUCGCUUGUUCCCCUCCUGCGACGGAUACAGGCGGCUCAUCCCGAAGCGAACGCCGUCUCGGCCGGUGCCAUCUUGUCCACGUACCAGCGGACGAGGAUCGAGAAUGUCGCGUCGAGACUGGGGCUCGUGCCGCUUGCUUGGCUGUGGCAGUAUCCCGUUCUGCCUGCCCCUGCGGAGCGGAGCACGGUCUCGGCGGUGUCGUCUGUGGUGGGCGAUGCGGGUUACUGGAGGAUAUGGCUGCUUGCGGGUGUGAGGCGCGGAUCAUCAAGGCGUAUUGUGAAUGGGAUGAGGCGGUUUGCUGCGCCGGAGGAUCUGCGGGGCGCAGUGCUGGGGGAGGGUGGGGAGUAUGAGAGUUUGGCGCUCGAUGGGCCCGGGUUUCUUUGGAGAUCGAGGAUUGAGGUUUGCGAGACGGAGGUGCGGACGGGUGAGGGUGGCGUUGGGUAUGUGAGGUUGAAAGGGGCGAGAUGCGUGCCUAAGACGGCUGCGGAGGGAGAUGGGAUCACGCCGCAGUCAGUGAGACGGCCGAUGCUGCUGGAUGAGGCGUUUGCUCGAGUUCUGGAUGAGGUGCGGUCGGUUUCAGGGAGCUACGGAGGUGAAGCGCAGGCUGGAUCCAUCAGCGCUGGACGUAUCGAGUGCGAGCCUCGCCAAUUGAGGAACGGCGGGAUAUGGCACAUCUGCAACAUCACAGCGCCCGAGGCAGGCACCGAGGCCGCUGAACAGAUGAAAGCCAUUGCCGGGAAGAUCAGGACGAUACUGCAGUCUUCCACUGACCUACCCCGGUCGACGGAGGAUAUUAUCUUCGCUACAGUGCUGCUCCGUUCCAUGGCCGAUUUUGCAUCGAUGAACAACACUUACGUCUCGCUUUUCAAGAAACCUAACCCCCGGCAAGAGCCACAGUGGCCUGCGGAGAUGAGCUCCCUGAAGGCAGAUUCCCGGCAAGGCCUUCAUGUUCAGUCUCGUUCGUACUGGGCACCGGCCAACAUUGGGCCGUAUUCGCAAGCCAUGUCUAUUCCUCUGCGAGGAGCCGAGCGUAUAGUAUACAUUGCUGGACAGAUCCCUCUAGAGCCGGCCUCUAUGCAAAUGGUCUGUGACAGCGCACCUACGGUGGAACAAUCUUGGCUUUCGGGCUACUCUCUACGGGCGGUGUUGUCUCUUCAGCAUAUGUGGAGGAUCGGUGCAGCCAUGCAGGUCGACUGGUGGCUUGGAGCAGUUGCAUUUAUAACAGGUGCAGAAAACAUCGCUGCUAAGGCUCGAGUAGCCUGGCACAUCUGGGAGACCAUGAACAGCCAACGCGACGAUGAAUCGGUCGACGAAGAAGAGUCUACGUUCGAUGUGUGGGACAUCAAAUACGGACGCAGGGCAGAGGAGCAAACCACCAAGGCGAGGGUCUCGGCCCCGAUACCGAACUUCGAAGUGCUGCGAUCGAGCGGAGUAAUUCCUCCCUUCCUAGCCGUCCAGGUCGAAGAACUACCUCGCGCCAGUGAUAUUGAAUGGCAAGGUCUGGGCUACCACUGCGAUGGACUGGAAUUGAACGCAGAAGAAAUAGAUCAAGGACGCACCACCAAGACAAUCACAGAACAGAAAGCGGGCUACACUAUUAUCGAAAUCGACAUGGAGAAGUCAGAAAGCGAUCUGAAGUCAUCAUUGCAGCAAAUUCUAGCCGCCCACACGGUAACCCCGGCCUUAACGCACGCAGUGAUCUAUACCACAGGGGCGUUCCCCCUGGAUAACUGGCCAGGGGAAGUCGUCCCCUGCAAGUCGGUUUGGGGUCACAGGGGAAGCAGGCUGGCAGCUGGUAUUAUUUUCCAGAGCCUUGAGCCAUAG